CAUGGUCUUCUUGGAUAUGGAAAUGAUGCAACGACAAAAUUGUGUUCUUAUAGCCUACUUUUCUGUUUUUCUACAUUUUUAAAGAACUGAAAUAGCUACACAAAAUCAUUCCUUGGCUUUUAAAAUGUUUGAUAGCUUAUUAUUUCCAAAGGAUUCCUAUUCCUGUAUUACUGAUGGAUGGAUGCACCAGAAGUCUACUAAUGCUGGCCUCUCCUUGCUGUGAGAUCCGGCGAUGCUGCUGGACUCCCGGCUUUCAGCAGAUUCUUGACCGUCUCCACGACGACCACAACCUGACGCAAAUACGCCCCUCCUCCAUUCAAGCCUCUCGUCUCAUUCAAGACACAAGUGUGGAGUAAAAGCAGUGUUGUUGAGCUCUCCAGUAGAGCGGGACAAGACUGCCUACAAGUACCUGAUAAACUACUAGGGUAUGAAGGAAAGGAUCAAGAAGAUGUUUGGAUGACUACACUACUGGGAUGAUACUGCUGAAGAUAUGGAAGGUCAAUAUCUCCAUUGCUGAUUUAUUUUAUAGCCCUGCAGACGAACCAUCCUGGUAACUGCAAGCAAAUCCAAAGGCCAUGGAUGCGAGCUCAACACCUCAGAUAAAUAUAGAGGACUAUGAUGGCCUUGAGGUCGAGGUUGUGCCAGAUGAUCACUUGAGAAACUUGAAAGCACUGACUGAGAAGCUGAGACUUGAAACCAGAAGGCCGUCCUAUCUUGAGUGGAAGGAACGAGUGGAAGCUCAGAGCUCCAAAAGCUCAGCCGUGCCAGAGAGCUCAUCAGACCUGGAAAGUGCUGGACUGAAGCCCAGUGCAACACCUCAGAGGAACAUAGAGAAUUCCCAAGCGACUGCAGGAAACGGCCUGAUUUCGAAAAGCCUUAGAGGGUUCGAUAAUAUUGACGAAGCCCUGGUUUGGCUUAGAAAAGAACUGAUGGAGAUGCGCAUCCAGGACCAGCAAUUGGCACGCCAGCUCAUGCGACUACGCGGUGACAUCAAUAAACUCAAAGUGGAGCAGACAUGUCACCUGCACCGUCGAAUGCUCAAUGACGCCACCUUUGGCCUGGAGGAGCGUGACGAGCUGUCGGAUCUUUUGUGUGAUGGACCCGUCACUCCCGGAUUUGGCCUCUCUUCACCGCUGCGCCUCAUUGGUGUCACAAAGAUGAACAUCAACUCCAGACGCUUCUCUCUUUGCUAGAAAUGUUCUGAGUGACCAUACAGCAAUAAAGAGAACAAGUGACUCAAAGAAAGUGAAAUGAAUAAUCUUCGACAACUGUUUUGAAACCCAUGAGAACUGCUGUCACAGAACACCCUGUGCCUCUUGGUCUAUGUACUUGUGCCAGUAAAAUCAUUUGAAUUAAUCGAAUGAACAGUGGACAAUGACUUCUAAAAAAGGUCUGACCUGUUAGCCAUGGCUCUAUGCCUUACAUACAAUUCUUGUUGUGGUUAUGUGAUAUCAACAACUGUUUCUUACCACACACAUGCUCUGUUCCAAAUCUUAUGUGCACCCUUUAACAUGAAAGGCUGUUACAAAACAGGAGACACUAUUCAUCUAGUGCCUCUAAGAUACCUUGCUGUAGCCAAAUUCUAAGGCAGUAUUCAUGGUGAAAGCAACUCCAUAAUUCAAUGCGAUAAUCUUAGUAAAGCAAUACAUACAAGAUUGUGGAUGGGGCAUUGAUUAUGAAUAAACUAUGAAUCAACAGUGAAAAGUAUUGAUGAAUGUAAUUUAAAUGUGGUAUUUAACCCUCUACUGCACACAUUUAGAUGGUACAUGAUAAAAUUGAGUCCACAUCAUUUCCUGGUUCAUUUGGGAACAUUUUAUUGAUAGAACAGACUCAUUGACAUAAGGAAUAAUUGAUGACGGGCCAUUGAAUUAAUAAUUCAUCAGCGGCCCAGAGUCAAUAAUCCCAAGCCCAUCCAUCCAUCCAUCUUCUUCCGCUUAUCCGGGGCCGGGUUGCGGGGGCAGCAGUCUAAGCAGAGAUGCCCAGA